UGGAGUUGAGAGAAGUGCUGCUCACAGUAAAAUAGGACAAGUUGACGCAUGUGUGGGAGCGCACAGGAAGGCGGAAUAAACGCAGACACAAUAGCUCAGUCCUUAAACGCUGUUUUAUUGAUCAGAUUAUUAGAAAAAAAUGAUCCAUCGGUAGAAGGAGAGAGGGAGAGCCGGGGACUGUUCAGACUGCUAUCUUUACUGAGGGGGGUGUUUAUUUAUCCGCCCUGCAACCUCCACAAGAAAACGCAGCCUUUGCGGAAUGGUCACAUUGAAGACGACACGUGUGGGUGGUUAACCACAUGUUUACUGGCAGGACUGCGGUCUGAUUACUUUAUUGUGUCAUUUUUUCCCGGAUUGUUUUUCAAUACAUAGCCUACAUUGUUUCUUGUCUCUAUUAUCCGGAUCCGCUGCGGUGAUGUCGGAGGUUGAUGUCCCUGCAGACUGCGUCCCCAGCAGACCACCGGGGCGCACAGAGGACAUGUUGAAAGAGAACCAAGAGAACGGGACUUUACUGAUGGUGGCGAUGAUUUUACUGGACUUGAACAAAUGCAAUCCCAACGCUAUCAGCGCGGGAGGCAGCAGAUGUGUCGGGGCCAGCGAGGCCGGCGCGCAGGAGAAGGUGGAGCGGGGGAGCCGCUGGCUCAACGCCGGGGACAGCCGGGGCUCGGCGGCACCCAAACAGUCCCGGAACCAGAAGCCGGCGGCUGCGGCGGCGAGACAGGACUCCCCCGAAAAAAGGCACUGCUGCCCUUUCGCCGGCUGUGGGAAGAUGUACGGCAAGUCGUCCCACCUCAAAGCCCACCUGAGGGUCCAUACCGGUGAGCGCCCGUUCGAGUGUACCUGGCCAGACUGUGGCAAGAAGUUCUCCCGCUCAGACGAGCUGACACGUCACUACCGCACACACACGGGCGAGAAGCGUUUCAACUGUCCAAUGUGUGACAAGUGCUUCAUGAGGAGUGACCACCUGACUAAACAUGCCCGAAGACACGCAGGCUUCCAUCCCAGCAUGCUCCAGGGCGCCAGCGCAGCCAAGAGACGCCGUUGCUCUGUGUCCAUGUCGUCCUCUGACUCUGGAGACCAAAGCCCUGUCGGGGUGUGAGACACACCCUCAUGCUGUACAUAUAUACAUAAAGGUACAUGCAGUCCAUAACAGAGGCAUACACAAACACGGACACACCCGUGUACCUUUUAUACAAAUCCGGUCAAGUCAGACAACUCAACCAGCUAUACCACUAUCAGAGUUUUUCUACGCAUGUAACAUUGUGCAACAAACAGAAACAUACUUCUGAACCUGGCUGUAAUCAAAUUAGAGCUUCCCUCCCUUCUUCCCUGAGGUGAUUGGUAUUUAUUAAAGAUUAUUCAGAGUCUGUCUAUAGGCAGGUGUAGUUGCUUUGCAGCUUGUAAUUAUUUUACUUCAUGUUGUGUGAGGUUUUUUUUUUUCUUCUGGAUGUAUAUGUAUAGUUUUCAUAAACACUACAUGUGUUCAUUCUCAAUCACAGACUUCAUUUGCAGGUGAAAAAACAAGAAAACAAAAUGUCAUGAGUGAGAUAUUCCCAGUGAGUUAAGAGGAUUUAGUGAAUAUUAUUAUUGCACACAUAAACACACCUGUGUACAGUUACUCUCCAGUCCAGGACAAAGCGAAUGUACAGUAUAGCAGUAUUAUCAUGUAUAUAGAUUAAACUACCUUUCAGAUGGAUGAUUUACUCAAUAUACUGUAGUUAAGUGUUAUUAGAAAGUAAUAAAACAAAGCUAUAAUAUAGAGAAUUAAAGAGCUUGGGUAUUUAAUUUCAUAUAUUUUACUCUGGGCUUAGUAAAUCAGGUAAACUGUGAGCUUUUAGGUAUAAGCGGUGUGUUUCCUGUGUUGAUACAUAAAUGUUUUCACAUCAUGAUAAACUUGCAAAUAAUUGCACCAAAAUACCUUUACAGUACUUUGACAAGACCAUAACACAUAAGCAAACCUCAUGGUAAGAUGAAUUUCAGCAACUGUAUCGCUUUCCACGCUUGAAUUGUGUCAACAGUGCAGGAAAAACAUAACAGGGUAAAGCCUUUAAAAGCUACAGUGGGAGACUUUACUUUUUCCACUUGCAGUUGAAACACUUUUCAGAGUUUAAGACCACAACGAGUCAUAUUUAUUAAAAGUGUGUAAACUGUAAACAAGGAGCUCUGUGCCUUUUAAGGGUUUUGUAGCAGAGAGGAUUUCUACAUUUUCAGCUUUUGGAAUUAAACUACCUGAAUGAACAUCGUCAAGACUCUUUAUGUUGAUAUUCAACAAUCAUUUGAAUAUCAAUGACUGUCUCUUAUGCCAACAGUGCCAGCUGCUUGAAACUAACUUCUGUUUACUCAGUAUCUGGACUGCAUUUUAUCAGGGAAUAAUGUGAUGCAUGGUCAUUUCAAUCAAUAUUACACCCCCUGGUGGUGAUGUUGAAGCACAACAUUUCUCGCAACAGAAAGUCAUAAAACCUCUUUUUUUUUUCUUUUUUUUUUUUUUCUGUCUGAGCAUUUUAAGGCACACUCUUGUUUUAGUUUGUGAAUCAAUCAAUUCCAUCAUGUAGCAUGUUUGUAUGUAUUUGUUUGGUACAGUGUAUUUUUUAUUUGACUGGUAAUCUUUUAUAAUAAUAUUAAUGGGAUGACAGGUGUUAUUUGUCCACUACCGGAGCCAGAAACACUGUUGAUGUCAUUAGUUUUCUUUUUAUACUUGCCAUAUGAUGCAUCAUCAAAUGUCCAGAUAGAGUGUAAAGUUAGGUUUAGAUUAGCUCUUAGGACACAAACCUACAUACAUUUGUAAAGUGAAAUGCUGUUUUUCUUUUGUUCUGGCAUUAUGACAACUGUGAUUGUGUCAUCACCCUUUCAGGUUGAAGCCCUUACUUCUGAUGCUACUGUACUGUAAUCAGGGACUGUCAGUCCAGACCCUAUGUUAUCGCAUUAUACAUAGCCAUGUAAUAAUUGUUGCUCAAAAGUUUUAACAUUAAAAUUAUUUUUCUUUCUAA